AUGGCUCUAACACCAAGGGAGUUAGCUUACGCUUCGGUGAAUCCAUUAUUGUCAACCACAUGGCUGAAAUUUAGUGUUAGCCCCUCUACAUCACUUGGCCAUGAGAAUCUGCUAACAAAGUAUGCCAAAGGAUCACAGACACUUCCGGUUACUCCUUUAAUCAAUCUUGCAUCGAAACAACUUGCUGAUGAAAUAUCAUUUAUGGUGCUUACAAAGAUUACCAAAUUUGUUGAGUCAUGUUGUGGAUCAGUUGUGAAAAAUACUAAGAUGCUUGUUCCUACGUACUUCCAUGAGACACAGUGUCAGGCUACUACGGAUACUAAUAUUAAUGGUUUAAAUAUCACUAGUAUUAUCAAUAAGCCUACAGCUGCUGCAAUUGCUUAUGGUCUGACCAACAGUCCUAUCACAGUAUGCAAACCACUCCAUGAUUUUCUUGAAAAGCUCGCUGGCGGGGAGAGGGUGUUUUUGGUGGGACUUAAUUUUGGUGGUGCCUACAUAUCAUUGGCAAUGGAGCUCUAUCCCUCUAAAGUUUCAAAAGCAGUAUUUGUUGCUGCAGAAAAUAUACAAGGUCACAUCUUAUUCUUUAGCCAUAGAGAGCUGAUCAGAUUUUUGCUGGUAUUUGUUGCAAACUUUUCUUCAUCGCGAUCGCGUGAGGAGGCUCGCGAUCGUGAAAGCUUAGAAGAGGCAGAAGGGAUUUUUGUUCUACGCUAUUGCGGGAAGAGGAGUGUGAUCGCGGUGAAUCUGGGAGCCAGCGAAGUUGCUCUUCGUGAUCGCGUGGAAGCUUUCGCGAUCGCGAUUAAGGUCGCGUCCGGGUAG